AUGAAGUCCUUCCUUUCCGAUUUCAGAAAUUUCGUGAUUCUUGCAGGUUAAUAGCAAAAGAAAAAAGACGACAUCUACGUCUUUCUACGUCGGUCGCAAAAUCUUUUAUCUUUCGAAUGAGUUUUCGUUACGUGUAUAUCUCGAAUGUCUCUAGUGCUUUCGCUUUGCAAACAAGAAAUCAAGCGUUAACAUGAUCAUCGCUUUUUGGCAUAACAGCAAAAGCGCGGCCGCAUUCGUAACCGGAGCUUUGUUUUUUGGGGCUGCGGACGGAGUGCGCGUCGUAAACUACCAUCAAGCUGGAGUUCGUUGGAAUGAAAACUACGAAGCGACUACUUCCACCUCAUAUGCUCCCACACGGGACCAUGCACCGAGUACAUCAGCGGGAAGCGAAACCAGGAUGAAAAAGAAGUCAAUAUUGAAGCGCAACAAAAAGGAUGGCGUCGUGCUCGACCAAGAUGGCGCCAAGAGUCAGGAUAUUAUUGUAGACGCAAGCAGUGGGGAAUCUCAUUUGCGGAAGAAUUCAGAAGAAGGUCAGCUGGCGUAUAGCCGCGCGGCCGAGCAGGAGGUUCGGUACAUCAAGACCUAUGGAGACGACAAUCUAGACGAAUCGCUCCUGCUGCAGCAGAUCCGCUCUUACGGUGCUGCGUCUGGCGCGUCAGGCCCCAGUACGGACCAGUCGGUUACUGAGCCAGCAGAUUUGUGUACAAAAAGCAGUUGCACACUUAAUUCUCCGUGGCUUGUGAUGCAACCCCCUCCGGGUUUCGAAGAAGAAGAUGCUGCUGCGAGCACGGCGAGAUUCGCAGCAGGGGGAGCGGCUUGUUCCCUAGCUCAGUGGCAAGUAGACUCGUACCAGUUGCGAUUUCUCCGCGCAACUUGUGACAAGGAAGCGGCAGAGGCGGUUUUAUUUUCUGGUGAGGUAGUUGACGAAUUUCGAGCGUCGGUGAGCGCCGAGGCAGAGGCGCGGCGCGGGCUUGCGGAGGGGUGCGUGCGACACUUGAAUGAGGCCUUGCAGCGGGAUCUGAUGAAAUGCGUGGACUUGUGUCAUCGCGUCUUUGAGCGUCUGUUGCUCCAGCAACUGUCGUCCCGAUGCUGCCAAACCGCAACGGAUAGUGCGCCAUCUCAAAGUUCAGCAGCAGCAAUUCUAAGUGGUACGUCUCAGCAAGAUGAAGAGCAGAGACGUGGGCGGACCGACUCCGGUUGUUUUGACUUGAGCGUCCUGACAGCAACUAUUGAUAAUCUCGAGAAACUCUUGACAGAGGAAAGGGACCAAAAAAAACUGCAAGAGGAACCAGAGGAUGUUCAAAAUGACCGUAUUCAGCAGGGAGGGCGACAAGAAAAUUUUGCCGCAGAAGAACGUAAAAAUAGCCUGGGCUCAGAGGACGUUCCACCGGACGUCUUUGAUGCUGCUUUCACAGCGUGCCACCGCUGUCCUACAGGGUCGAUGCAAUUGUGUCCGCAUCUGUUCGCGGCGGACGGCCCGCAAUGGUGUCCUGGCCGGGACCAGGGCUGUUUGUUUGCACACAACAACCAAGAGGUAGCCGAGUGCUGCGAGUGGAAGCGGAAUAUGUGCCAGUCAGAACAGUGUUCGCAGGACUUCUUCACGCGGUAUUAUAUUGCUUUUUUGUACAGCUGCUUUUUAUUUUUUUAGGCAUGAUGCGCAUAAUCAUAAAAGAAUGCGGAUUUGAAGAAAAGGACCGCAACCAAGCUGAUCGAGAAGCGAUCUCGGAUUCGCUGUUGAGAUGCGAGGUGGAGUUGUUUUGUGAAAUGGUGUGCAUCUGUGAAAUCUCUAUCACAGCAUCAAGUGUCCGCACAUCCACUCACGGGAAUGGUUUUUGUUUGGCGAGGCCGGUAGACGGGAAGACGCUGCAGUAGAUCUGCCCGCACUUUACUGCGCCUUCCUGACCCAAUGCGUUCUACCCGAUCUCGAGUCUGUGUGCAUGCGUAGCGCGCAGCAGCGGCAGGCGCCUUGUCGUGUGCAUUACAGGAACAACGACGAGCACAUGCACAGGCAGAACGAAUUAUUGCGCAGCUACGUCGCUGAUUUUUGUGCUCCGGGAGACCAGGCGGCGCACUUCAUGAGGACUCAGUUGGCGCAGGUUCUGCUGCUUUGGCCAUGGGAAGGGGUUUCGUUGCGGCACGAUUGGCACCGUGCACUUGGCUGGAACUUGCGCAAAACGUGGGACCGGGCUCGGAAGUUGAAGUUGAAGAGUAAGCAUUUCGCCGGCUCUCCCAGCAAUGCUUGCUAGUUGUGACGUGGUCCCGAUGGGAAAUGUGUAUCUCAAAAAUUUGCCGUCAUUGAAUCGUGAUAGCCGACAAACUUGCACUUUCUAAUCAGCUUGACGAGCUUCAGCGGAAUCAUGGUAGUUUUUCAUAGGCAGGACGCGUGUGCCAAUGGUGUAACUUGAGACGGCGUCAGCAGAACGAUCGUGGACUUACGCUCGUACUUGUUGUGAUUAGCGUCAGCGUCCCGCGUGUAGUAUGGUGGGGAAAUCAGAUCUGAUGGUUUUGACAGAGCUAUAACACUUGAGAGUCAUCAAAUGUGCGUUGGUGUAU